AUGCCUGAGCCUGUCAUUGUUUCCAGGCAGGUCGGAGGUGAGAGAUAUACUCCACUAAGAGACGUGAAGAACUUCAAAUCCGUGCAAUCAUGGCAAGGCAGAUUCCGUCUCUUUCAAUAUGAGCGAUCCUUGCCUUUGCCUUUGAGCAGUGGUUUGUCCCUCCAGGGACAACGCUACGGCCUAGUCACAUAUUUGAUAUUAAAUCUAAUCGCUGAAGCGCCUAGAGAUGUGAAUGCUCCAAGCCCGUUCAGGGAAAGCCGACGUCGGGAGCCUCACCUUGAGGGGUUUGUGAUCGUGGCUGAAGGUGGACGGGGAUAUUGCGGGCAUGGAUCAUCUUUGUUGGAAAAGGUCCGCGAGAAACAGGAACAGGGCCAUUUAGCCAAUAGAAGUGCUUGGCCACGCGAACGACCCAUGAUGAGGUCCUUCCCGGCGGGAUCCUUUCCCGGGUUUGGGGGCCAUACUGAGAGUUCUUCAUCCUACCAGCAAGCGGGGAUCAAAAACGGUUCACGGCAGAUGGAAGUAGGAUUCCAAUUGUCGCACAGAGGAGUCACCUGGGUUCCACUGCGAUACCGAAGGAUCGAUGUGCCAAAGGGAUCCACCCGCGAAUACUUGGCAAGGGCACUGGUAAAUCUCCCAGAACGGUCUGAGUUCCGACAGUCGUUUUUGAUGUGGUGCAAAGGCAUAAAAAUAUAUCGUGGUCCAGAAUGCGUCAAUGUGGCGCGAAAUGAAAAGCAAAAAGUACGUGGUUACGACGCAGACAAGAUUCGAACUUGCGAGGCCGAAGCCAUUAGAUGA